AACAACUAAUUAAUAUGUAAACCAAAACAUGCUUGCCUCUGUUUUUUCCUUAUUUGCAGAAUAGAAAGCUUUCACAGUUUCAAGUUUCAAAACACACAAAAAGAGGCACUGCAACAUUGCGUGCCACUCACAGGAUUUCACGAAACCCUAACCCCUCUUUCAAUGGCGCAUAACGACUCAAACUCCGAUCCCAAUCCCCAAGCCCGAUUCUACAACCCAUACAAAGACCUCGAUAUUCCUAUUCAAAAUCUCUACAAACUCUCAACCUCACCGGAGUUUCUCUUCGACGAAGAAGCUCGCCGUAAACGCAGUUCAUGGGGAGAAAAUCUCACAUUCUACACCGGUUGCGGUUACCUCGGUGGUUCAAUCGCCGGUGUCGGACUCGUCGACGACAUUAAAGCCUUCGAGUCCAGCGACACCGCGAAGCUUCAGAUGACUACCUCAUGUACAUUGCUGCUACGUUUUUAUCUAACAGCUAAUGGAUCUUGAAGAGCAUUCUAGAACAGAGGAAAGUGACUUUGAAUUGCUCAAGAAGGCUCUUACCAUUGAUAACCAGAAAGAUAACAAACAGUUUGCAAUUAGAAAUCUUCACUCUUACAAUUUAUAACACAAUUAUCAAAUUUGAUUUCAACACUAUGCAUUGCACUUUCUAACACCUUUUUCUUAAUUUCCUUUGAUCAGAAUGGCAAAUGAUUCAGAGGAAACAAAGUUGAUGACUAGAAACAAAUGGUCUACUAUAGUAUAUAGGCGAGGUCAGAAGCAGCUAACUCGAUUAUUCUUGAAAGAAGCAGAACAUGCUCUGCAGUUAUCAAUGAUUGAAGAGAUGAGUGUUCAAGUUAGAUUUAGUUAAUUGGUAAAAUAAUAAUUAUUCUUUACCUUGUUCGUUUAGCAAAGUCUAAAGGUACUUGAGAUGUUUAGAGAUACUGACACAAUAUAGACCACUCCUAAGCUGAAUAAUCUAUUUGAUGUUUCUUCAGCUCCUUCAUCAUAACAGUCAGGAGGUUGAAAAUAAACCAUCAAUUCAAUUUGCGAGUUAGGAACUGUUCCUGACACAACUAGAUUUAGAAAGACGGUUUAUCAAGGGCAAAGAUAAUUAGGAUUGGUCCUAGGGUGGUUGGUUUUGUUUCUCUUAUUUUCAUUGUGGUUUUGUUUCUCUUAUUCUCUUAUUUCUCUUAAUCUGAAGUUGUAGAAUCUGGAGUUCUAUUUGGUGUCCUACAAAGCUGUUACGAAUGAUGGUGAAUUUAUUGCUGUCAAGAAGCUGAAUUCGCGCGGAGGAGCAUCGAGCAUCGACCGAAGCAUCUUAGCUGAGAUUUCAACUCUUGGAAAGACCAGGCACAUGAACAUUGUGAAGUUGCAUGAAUUCUGUUUUCAUGAAGAUUCUAAUCUUUUAUCAUAGCAGUAUUGGAUUUCAACUCUUGGAAAGACCAGGCAUAUGAAGAUUCUAAGCCUUGGUGAAAAGCUUCAUUCAAGUUCAACAUUGUGUAUUGGAUUGGAAUGUUUGAUAUGAAAUAACUUUAGGGAUCUCUGUAACAGUAUGAUUUGCAAACAUGAUAUAAAUCUUGUUUAGCAUAAUAGUUGGAUUAUGCUUUAAUUAAUAUUUAGUUUUGAAUUUUGAACACGAUA